AUAGCAGUGGCUAUACCAAGCAAAGCUUGGUGGAGUUAGUGUAGAACUCAACUUGUAACUUUGAGGUCAUAACUUCGAACCCCACUAAUUACAAAAUGCCUGGAAAUAGGGAUUCUUUUACCUCUCCCUCCUCAAGCGACUUACGAAGCUGCUAAACUUGUGAGAGAUGCCGAUUCAAUAGGUUAUUUCAUCUUACCUUUAUAAAAAAAAAAAAAAAAAGAAAAGUAGGCGGAUUAGGGUUUUUGCUUGUUAACGCGCAAUUUCUAAAAUACUCCGUACUCCCGAUACAGCAACGGGGCUCCACCCAUUGAACAACUCUAAUUGCGAAUACAAGGGGGAAAAAAAAAUCCUCAUUCUCCAUUGAAACGAACCAAGUACUCAGCGUUCUCCAUUGAAGCGUCUUCUGAUACUUGUAUCCUCCAUUGAAUCGCCUUCUGAGGAUUAUUAGCAAAAGAUGGCGGAAGACGCUAUUUUGCUCUAUUUGGAAAAGAGCGAAGAAAUUCCAGAUUCUGGAAUAUUUGCCAGUGAAUUUGGGAUUGAUCAUGAAGAGGUGAUCAAUGUCACCAAGAGCCUUAAUGGCUAUGGGCUUGUUCUUGCUCAGGAUAUUAAGAAGGAAAACUGGGUUCUCACUGAAGAAGGAAAACUUUAUGCUGCUGCAGGCUCUCCUGAAAUGCAAGUAUUCUCAGCUAUACCACCCGAAGGUAUUUCACCUGAUGAACUUCAGAAAAAGGUGGAUCCUUCUGUUUUUAAGAUAGGAUUUUCCCAGGCUAUGAAGAAUAAGUGGGUGGAGAGAGGAAAGCAAUCAGUAUCCCGAAAGGUUCAACAUGUUGACGAUAAGGUCAAGGACUUGCUUACACAGAUACAAGCUGAGGAGGUGGUUAAGCAAGAGGAUAUUGAUGCUCUCAAACGGAGAAAACUGAUUACCUUGCAGACAUGGAAGGGAUACUCAAUUUGCAAGGGUCCAAAUUAUGCCCCAAAAAGGAAAAAAGCAGCAACUGAUCUGACUCGAGAGCAUUUGCAAAGUGGUGGCUGGAAGGAUUUGGAACUCAAAGAAUACAACUUUAAUGCUAAAGGUCUUCCACCUGAAGGUGGUCAUUUGCACCCCUUACUCAAGGUUCGGAAGCAAUUGAAAGACAUUUUUCUUCAGAUGGGCUUUGAGGAAAUGCCUACAAACAAUUAUGUCGAAAGCAGCUUUUGGAAUUUUGAUGCGUUGUUCCAGCCACAACAACACCCAGCUCGUGAUUCACAUGACACUUUUUUUCUAAAAGAACCGUCCACUACACAAUGGCUGCCUGAAGAUUAUGUUGAGAGGGUAAAGUGUGUUCACGAAUCAGGUGGUUAUGGUUCCAGAGGGUAUGGAUAUGACUGGAAAAGAGAGGAGGCUAACAAAAAUCUUUUGCGAACACAUACAACUGCUGUUUCUUCAAGAAUGCUAUAUAAACUUGCACAGAAACCGUUUGCUCCUCAAAAAUACUUUUCAAUAGAUCGUGUGUUCAGAAAUGAAGCCGUUGACAGGACACACUUGGCAGAAUUCCAUCAGAUAGAAGGCCUUAUAUGUGAUCGAGGCCUCACCCUAGGGGAUCUUAUUGGCGUACUGCAUGACUUUUUUUCACGUCUAGGGAUGACGAAACUUCGUUUCAAGCCUGCGUACAACCCUUACACUGAGCCUAGUAUGGAGAUAUUCAGUUAUCAUGAAGGCUUCGGAAAGUGGGUGGAGAUAGGAAAUUCUGGUAUGUUCAGACCAGAGAUGUUGCUUCCAAUGGGGCUUCCAGAUGAUGUCCGUGUAGUUGCAUGGGGGUUAUCCCUUGAAAGGCCUACAAUGAUCUUGUAUGGAAUCGAUAACAUAAGGGAUCUAUUCGGGCACAAGGUUGAUCUGGGAUUGAUGAAGAAGAAUCCCAUUUGCAGAAUUGGACUUGAAUAGGGUUUUAAUUUUACCCCAAACGCAAAUUUUGAAUACAAUUGAUUGUUUUAGUUGAAUUUUUAACGAGCUAGAUUUUAUUUUUUUGACAUCAUGUUCUUUGAUCUUGUGUAUUUUUGUUUUUGUAAUUGUUGGUUCCGAGCAUUUUUUGUUUAUAACUAUAUUUCUUCCAUUUUAAGGAUUAACCAUAAAAAUCAAGCAGGGUGUAAUGCACACGAGUGAGAACGUAAAAUUGCUACUCUUACAUA